UGUUCUCAUAGUAUUGCGGGAUAAAUUUUCAAUAUGGCGGACGAUGAGCUUGCAGCAAUUCGAGCGAAACGAAUGGCCGAACUACAAGGCCAGCUAGGAAAUCAAGAUGUYAGCCAAAUUCAACAGCAACAGAAACAGCAAGAAGCUUUGGAAAGAGAAAAAGAAAUGAGAAAUGCAAUGAUGUCGCAAAUACUGGAUCAGUCUGCUAGAGCUCGGCCCUGGUCAAGCCAGAAAAAGCCAAAAUGGUUGAAAGUAUGUUAAUUCAGAUGGCGCAAACUGGGCAAGUAGCUGGAAAGAUUGGUGAAGCACAACUUGUAAGUUUACUGGAAAAAGUCAGUGAACAAACACAGAAGAAAACUACUGUUAAAUUUAAUAGGCGCAGAUUUGAUGAUUCUGAUGAUGAUGAUUACUAGCUUGUUUCUGGCAGCAAAAGGUUGACAACAAAAGUUUGCUAAGUACUUGAAGUCAUUGUGCUYCUUUUGAUAUCUCACUAUUGUUUUGCAAGCUCAGUUGGACUUGGUUGACAACUGUGAAAUAAUUCAUUAACCAUAAUGCCGUGCACACCAGAGAAGAAGAACUGAAAUAUACAUCUUUUAAGAUCGUUCAAACUAAGAUUAUCAGCUAAAAUAUAGGAGUUUAUGAGUUAUAAAAAGUGSCAACAUUUGUCUCAUGAUGUAUGUUGAUUUUGUUAUGAUAAUUAAAGUAAUCACAAAAUUGUGUGCGUUUAACACCAAAA